UAUGCAUUAAGUAAAGAUUUCAACAGUUUGCACUCCCUGCAGAUAUUUUUAAAAGUUCAUGGCAAAUGGAAUUUACAGAUGCUUGUUUUGGUUAGCAUUUUUUAAAAAUCUGUGCACAUGAAGGGUCUUCAAAAAGUUCAUGGUAUGUGUAUUAUGGGAAAAAACUGUGCAUGGGACUCAAACCAGCACUCGGAUAGGGGAUGCUGGCGUCACAAGCAUCGACUUAACCUGCUGUACCACAACACCAACUCAAAAGAACUGGGAAUUUCCAGUCUAAUUUAGAAACUGGAAACUGAGUCUUCCUCCCUUGAUUAAAUAAAAUGUUACUCUUUAAUGAUAAUCUGUGCAUAGUAUUUGUAAAAAGAUUCACUGGAAUUUUAAAUGAUGGAUAUUAGAUUCUGACUUGUUAUUAAUCUAUAAGCUCAAAUUAAUUUGCUCACUUAAUAUUUUUUUCAUCCCAGCAAGGACUGUUGAUAAGAGGUAAAGAGAGAAAAAGAGGUAACUAGGGAAAAUAUUUUUUUUAGAAAUAACAUUAUUAUUUGAGAUAAUAAUAAGAAAAGCUACUUCAGAUUACUUAGAUUCUCUUUUUGACAAAAUAACUGUAACACUAAGUAACAGAAAGUGGAAUGUGAAUCCAUACUGUGGCUUGACAACUAACGAUGAGAAAGAAUACCCAUGAACUAUUUUCAAGAAAUCUAAAUAAUUCCUUCUACCAUGUCUAGCAUCACUUAGAUGUUGUCUUAGGACUCCUCAUAUUAGACUUGAUCAAGCUUACCAUAGUUUGUAACGUAUGUGUGUGUGUGUUUUAAGAGAACCAGAACCGUUCCACCAGUUCCGCCAGCGAGCCCAUGGAAGUGGCCAACAAUGUCACAGAGUUUGUGUUCCUGGGACUCUCUCAAGACCCUGGAGCUCAGCUGAUGCUCUUUGCUCUAUUCCUCCUCUUCUACCUGGUGAUCCUGGUGGGGAACCUGCUCAUUCUGCUCACGGUGCUUGCUGACCCCCGGCUCCACACGCCCAUGUAUUUCUUCCUCAGCAAUCUGUCCUUCGUGGACAUUGCCUAUUCCUCGGCCACAGCACCCAAGAUGAUGGCCGACUUCGUUUCUGAGAAUAAGACUAUUUCCUACGGGGGCUGUAUAGCUCAGAUGUUUACCUUUCACUUUUUCGGUUGUGCUGAGAUUUUUGUCUUGACCGUCAUGGCUUUUGACCGGUAUGCCGCCAUCUGCCAGCCUCUCCGCUACACUACCAUCAUGAGUGCCAAUGUCUGCACCGUGCUGGCGUCACUGUCCUGGUUGGGAGCCCUGGGUCAUUCCUUUGUUCAGACGCUCCUGACCUUUCAGCUGCCUUUCUGCAAUGCUCAGGUCAUAGACCACUACUUUUGUGAUGUCCACCCAGUCCUGAAGCUUGCCUGUGCUGACACCACUCUGGUGAAUAUGCUGGUCGUUGCCAACAGUGGUCUCAUCUCUCUGGGGUGCUUCCUCAUUCUUCUGGCCUCCUACACUGUCAUUCUGUUUAGUCUUCGAAAGCGAUCUGCAGAGAGCAGGCGCAAAGCUCUCUCUACCUGUGGGUCUCAUUUGACUGUAGUGACUUUCUUCUUUGUCCCUUGCAUCUUUAUUUAUCUCCGUCCAUCCACCACAUUCCCGCUGGAUAAGGCAGUGUCUGUGUUCUACACCACCAUCACCCCAAUGCUGAAUCCUCUCAUCUACACGCUGAGGAACGAGGAUGUAAAGAAUGCCAUGAAAAGACUGUGGAAUCGCAAGUUCUCCUUGAAGGAAAAGCAGAAGGGAUAG